UCCACUUAGCUGGCCUUGAUCGUGCUACCAAUUCGCCUUACUGCACUGAAUCAUUCUGCUGAAGGUCCCAAAAGGAACAUAGAGUAACGCCACUGGGUCUCUCACAAUCGCAAAUAUGGUCAAAGUCAAAAAGCGCGCAUCCAAGCGCACCAGCGUCAAGCAAAGGGAGAAGGUUAAGAAACGCGUGAACGAGCAUCACAGAAAAUCGCGCAAAGAGGCAAAGAAGAGCACUCAAUGGAAGAGUCGUGUCAAGAAAGAUCCAGGUAUCCCGAACAGCUAUCCUUACAAGGAGCAGCUUCUCGAAGAAAUUCAGCAGAAGCGCCAAGCAGCCGAGGAAGCCAAGCUUGCUGCUCGUGAGGCUGCCAAGGAAGGAAGAUCCAGAGAGGAAGAUGGUACAGCUGAUGAUGAGGAAGACAAGGGCGAGAACAGCACCGAUGCAGCUGAAGCUUUGGCACAGCAUGCAUCGAGCACUUCCAGCAAACAACCCCAGGUCAAAGAGUAUGCAGGCAGUAUUCAGGAGCUCAUCGACGACUCACGUUGUGUUGGCAUUCUUGUCGCUGUCGACGCACGCGACCCCUUCUCGUGGACCUUGCCUUGGCUCCAGACUCGGGCGUCACAAUCUAACAAGCCGAUCGCUUACGUCUUGACUAGAUGCGACCUUGUCCCACUCGAAAUCGUUUCGCAGUGGGCGCAAGCCAUCCGUCAGGAUACGAGCGCACCCGUCUUCUCUGUCUGCACGGCCAAGGGCCAUGAAGCUGGUCUUGAAGGGCUUUUUAAGCAGAUCUCCACAUGGCAUGGUGAAGCCGCGGCGGAGACUCAAGCUACUGUCGUCGUCUGCGGAUUGGAGAAUGCUGGCCGCACAUCGCUUGCCACAGCUCUACACAAUUAUCAGUCCCCAACAAACGUAAACAUUCUGGAUUCUCCGUCCCUGAUUGCUUCUGAAGAGGCGAUUGAGCCUUCCUCAAGCGCAGCAAGGGUUCUCAUUCGUAACAAAGGAUCGCUUCAAAGAAUCAAAGAGCCUAUGCCGCUCAUCUACGCAUUUCUGAAUAAGAUUGAGAACCCAUCAGAUCUCCAGCUUGUGUACAGCAUUCCAGCCUUCCCCGUCCCAUCCUCCAGUGACUCGUCACAUGCCGAAGCUGCCGCUGAAAGCUUUCUCGUCGGGCUUGCCCGCGCCCGCGGACGCUUAAAGAAGCGCGACCUUCCUGACUCACAUGGCGCUGCGAGAAUCCUGCUGCGAGACUGGAGUGCUGGCGAUUUAAAGUACUACUCCAAGCCGCCCCCAUUGCUGUCAAGUGGUGCGUCUGCGUCCUCAAAUUCUAAAGGCAAGGCUAAGGCGGCCGAGACGGGAAUCGAGCUGGCAAAGGCCCUUGACGGGAAAUGUCUCCCGCGCAAGGAGUGGCGCCUCAAAUGGGCCGCUAAGGAGAUCCGACUGAAGUAUCACGCACUAGAUGACGGCACCGGCAAAAACGAGCUCAUCUUCUCAGCACGAAAGUCUCGGGUCUCCUUUGUGUCAUCCGCUGACGGACUGGAUGAUGAGGAUGGCAGCGACGACGAUCAAAGUGACAGCGGCGACACAGAGGGGCAGCAAAUAGAAGAGGAGGCAUGUUCACAAGAGGACUCGGAAGUGGUCAAGCAAGUGGAGGAUCAAACAUCGUCCGCUAAUCCGAAUCGGAGCGCCAAGAGAAAGGGUGUCCUAGCAGGAUCGGAGCAAGCUCCCAAAAAGGCUAAGGCGCAGAUCGGUCAAAAGUAUCAAUUCAGCGACCACUUCUGCUAGUUUGUCUACUACUUCGAUUGGCCUUUGGCUGCGUUUCUCGCUCGCCGUGGCUUGACAACGUGAUAAUGAGACUCAAUGUUAGAGCUCUGCGCCACAUGCGCAAGCGAUGCGGUUGCAGUCUCUUUGACCUCUAAUUUGACUGGGAUGCUUUGUUUGUUUUCUUCCUCCACCUCGAGUUUGACUCUCGCAACGGGCUCUAUUCCAAGCGGGGAAGAUGUCGUGACACCGUCUGUUACAUCCAUCUUGGCGUACCCUUCAUCCUGAAAAGUGCUGAAAGCACGCAAGUCCGCAGUGAACAAGAUCGAAUGCGCCCAUCCAGCAUACUCUCCCCAGAGCUUCCUGAGCUGGUCUGCAAUGUCUUCGUACUUCUUGGACCUGAUCUUGUAUUUCUUCUCAGCGAAAGCGAAGACGUGCCUGUCCACUGGUAUACUUUCUGGUUGAUCUAAUGACAUCAGCAGAAUGCAACUGCAAAU